GGUGGAUCCUCUAAUGCUUUGGAACUCUUACUAUCUUAUCUACAUGACUGUUCCCAGAUUUCAUUUUUUUUUACCAGAUAUGACCAAAUUCAGAACAGGACAACAGAACAUCAAUCCCUGCCAACAAUUACAUGCCCUGCCUAUGACUCCAAUUGUGGUGUUUAAGCGUUGACCAGCUACUCCACUGCAAGCACUGGAGAGGAGCUUGCUUACUUGGUACAAUCUUUAAAUUGUGGGACUGUCAUUGGGGAAAUUACUUCUGGUAAGCUCAUGCACUCAAAGACCUUUCAAAUAGAAAAGACAGCAAUUGCCAUAACCAUCCCUUUCAUAAAUUUCAUAGAUAACAAUGGGGAAUUCUGGCUAAAAGGAGGUGUGGUCCCAGAAGCCAUUGUGUUAGCAGAGGAAGCUAUGGACCAUGUGCAUGAAAUUGUAAAGUUCCACAUAGGCAUUGGGUCCAUCAUAGAAGCAGUCGGGGAACUCUUAGAGAAGUACUAUGCAAUUCAGGAAGUGGCACUAAAUGUUAGUCAGAGGCUGUUAAGUAAACAUACAAAGGGAUUAUAUAUGUCAGUGGUUGAUUUUGAAUCAUUGGCAUAUCAGUUGACAGCAGAUCUCGGUGAGAGUUCAGGUGACCACCACCUUCAUGUCUUCUACUGUGAUGUUGAACCUGAAUCGUUUUACAAUGUUCCCAACAUUCCCACAGUAGAAGAAGCUGGAUACAUGACCGAUGCUUUGUUUAAGACUGAGCUUUUUCCCGGUAACAUUGGCUAUCUAUGAUUUGAUCUGAUGCCAGGCAUUGAAUUGGUGAGAGCCAUUGGGCCAUAACUCGUAAAAUUAAUCUGGAACAAGAUUGCAAACACAGAUUCCCUUGUGAUUGAUAUGAGGUACAACACCGGUGGAUAUUGGAGUGCAAUUCCUCUCUUGUGCACCCAUUUCUUUGACGCUAAGCCUCUACAACAUCUUUACACAAUUUUAGACCGCACCACAAACACUUUGACUGAAGUCACCACAUCAUCUCACAUAAAGGGCCAAAGAUAUGGAUCCUCCAAAAACCUUUACAUCCUGAUAAGUUAUACGACUGGGCCAGCAGCCGAAGUGUUUGUUCGCACAAUGAAUUGA